GUUUUCUAACAAAUUUUAGAAGCAGUAUUUUAUUAUAUUCCCCUAACCCUCAUGAAUGUUGAGGGAGACCUGUACUUCAUCCUCAAAUUUGAGCUCUCUCAAGCUCACAUUUUGUUCAAAAAUGGUUUUAAAUACUUGGUGUAUAAUAAAUUUGAAAUUGAAAUACUUCUGUAAUUAUGAUCAUCAGGAACGUAUAACGCUGAGCACCCAACCAUACAAGCAUUCUGGCAGGUUCUCCGAGGAUUUGAUGAAACUCAAAAACGACAACUUCUCAAAUUUGUUACCAGUUGUUCUCAUCCUCCUCUUCUGGGGUUUAAGGAGUUACAACCAGCCUUUUGUAUCCAGCCUUCUGGAUCUGAGGAUCGCCUUCCUACUGCCUCCACAUGUAUGAAUCUUCUCAAGCUUCCUGAAUAUAAAAGUGA